AUGCCCAGUUCCAAGGGAAACCCCACGAAUCCUGAACUGCGCGAGAAGAUCAAGGAGGAAGUCAUGAACAUGGAGAAAGGUGGAGGCAAAGGAUCAUGGUUCGCCUGGAAAGCCAGCGAACUGGCACGGCGGUACGAGGCGGCUGGAGGCGAUUACGAGGGUACUGGGGAUAACAACAAUAAGGCGCAAAAAGGCAAGCCGGAAAAGAAGGAGUAA